UCGACCAGGGCAAAUGCACCCUCCUCCUCGAACGAGAGCAGCAAAGAGUGAAUCAAAGUCGGACUGCGCCCUCAACGACAAAAUGAUCUGAUCUUCGGGGCCGUUGAUUUGACUGGAAUUUCGCCCGCACCGCCGACUGCCGACAAAGCCCAGACAUGCAGCCGCCACCACGCAAGGGCAGCUAUGCCAAAUUUCUCAAGAGUUUGCAUACGGAGCAGAUUAACAAGCUGCAGGUGAAGAAUCAGUACGAGUGCGAGUUGUUGGAUGACAUAAGGAACUUCACAAAGCAGCGAUCCGCAAUUGAGAAAUCGUACUCAGAGGCACUUCUAAAAUUGGCGACUGUUUAUCUGAACAAGAAAAUUCCUGACAUUCCCGACAUAAAAUUAGAGGGUGGCGAGGAAAGAUGGAAUAUGUGGAAUGUGUGGCGAACGGUGCUAGAGGAGAACGAAAAAUUAGCCAAGGCAAGAUUAGCCGCCGUGGAGGUUUUCCAGCAGGUCAUUUCAGACGACGCAAAAGUCCUGCGUGCCCACAAAGUGGGAAAUGCCAAAAAGUGCAUGGAGCAACUCGGGACGAUUCAGAAAGAGGUUCAGAAUACCGUGCAGGACGUGGAUCGACACAAGAAGUUGUACUUUGACGAGGAGUAUUCGGCGCACGACGUGCGCGACAAGGCAAAGGACAUCGAGGAAAAGUUGAAAAAGAAGAAGGGCUCGUUUUUCACAUCGAUCACGUCACUGCAGAAAAAUAGCGCCAAGCUCACUUCCAAACGCGAAAUCAUGGACUCAAGAUCGACCGGAGCCAGAAACGACUACCUGCUCAGCCUGUCCGCAGCUAAUGCUCAUCAGACGCGGUACUUUGUGGUGGAUUUGCAGAGCACCAUGCAGACAAUGGAAAGUGGUGUUUUUGAAAGGGUACAGGAAUAUUUGACCUUGAUUGGUCGGAUGGAGCUCCUGACGUGCUCGGCCACACAAACGUCUUUCACCCGCAUCAGGGACCAGGCCAACAAACUCACCAGAGACUACAACAUGCAGUGCUGCUACCUCUUCUUCCCAGUGUUGAAGCAACACAUUCAGUAUGAGUACGAGCCUUGCUGCAAUGACCCGAUCGACAAGAUUACAGUGCCUGACCCUACCAGCGUCACCGCGGCGGCCGUCACCAAGGAGGCCAAGCGCCUAGCCAACAAAAUUGGCCGCGAGUCCAUCAGCAUCCGCGAGAACACGAAAAAAUUGAGUCAUCUGCAAGUACUCAGGGAUUCGGGCCAAAAGACUGACCCCAAUGACCCCAACGGGCCCGACCUCGAAUCCAAAAUCGAAGAUCUCAAACUGAGCAUCCGCCGGUCAGAGACCUCCAAAAUCAAGGCCGAGGCGCGAAUUAACUGUUUAAAAGAUGGUGGAGUAAACGUUGAUGAAUUCUUGCAAGAUGUGGAAAGCCUAAGCACACUUGAGCUGCCAAGAUCAGCCUCAGCUCUUUCCGUACACACCGACGCCUCUGGAGAGGCUCAAGGAGCAAGUUCAGAUUCCUUCUACGACGACUCUGAUUAUGGUGAAGCUGACACGGCCGUCAUCGCUGAGCGACCUUCCACUGCUGAAAUUGAUGAAAGAGAGGCCCAAGAGGCGGCUGAGGUUGAGGCCAUGAUGGAAGCCGAGAGAGCCAAAAUUGAGCAGAUGACGGCCGCCUGGGACGACCCAACCAGCAUCGACUGGGGACACGAGGAUUUGACUGGCGGCCCAGCUCCUCCGGAAGCUGAAGUUGAGGAAGUGGCCUACAGAUGCAUUGCCCUAUACAACUACACCGCACAAAACCCCGAUGAGCUGAGCAUUGUGGAAAAUGAAACUCUUGAAGUCCUAGCAGGGGCGGAUUAUGACGCUGGAGAGGGUUGGUUAAGGGCGAGAAACUCCAGAGGUGAUCAAGGAUUUGUACCUCAAAAUUAUUUGGAUUAUCCGCAAGACCAGCAGCCUGCAGACGCAAUGGUUGAACAGUCGCCACAAGAGGCGCCGGGCAUUUCAUUCUCGUCCGUCGAUUACACGGUCGAGGCGGAAGAGAUGGAAAUUCAGCAGCACGCUCAGUACCAAGAGCCUCCUCAAAUGGACGCUCCCCCAGCUCCUCCGCCACAACAGAUGAGAGGCGAAAUUCCUGCUCCGCUUAACUUGCAAAACGGUGAUCAGCACGAAUAUUGCGUGGCGAUGUACGACUACGAGGCUACUUGCGACGAGGAAUUGACUUUCGAAGAAGGCACCGUACUCAGAGUCCUCCGGAAAAACGUUCACUCCGUCGACGACGGCUGGUGGGAGGGUGAAAUGAUGACCGAGGAGGGAAACUCAGUGAUCGGACUCUUCCCCUCGCUGGUCAUUGCAGAAUGUGGUCCUGACGGAGAACCACUUUCAACCGAGGAGGGUGACAGUCCGCCCAUGUCGGCGCCGCCGGUGUUCACGCCGCCGGAUGUGCCUCCGUUCCUGCUGCCACCAGAGGAUGUGAUCAUCACGCAGCCGACGCCAGAAAUUGAGCACCACAAAGUGGUGCCUGAAUUGUGCAAUGAGACAAUAGAAGAGGAGCAGGAGGAAGAAGAAUUCUCGAUUAAACUGAACAGAGGCCAACAUCAACAUUACAAGACCCAGUUCUCGCAAGACUCAGCCAACACAGAGGUAGAAAACAAAGUGGGCAUUCCAGACAUAUGCAUUGAGCUACACGGAGAGGAUGAAAUGGCUGACGACGAAGAAGGCGAUGAGAAGGAUGAUUCCGGACUCGGUGCUCAAAUUGUCAUUACGGCAGCCACCCCAAUGACUGAGGAACCAGACCAACCCUUCCCCCCACCACCAGAGGAAGAUGACACGCCUGCCGACGAAGUGAGCACCUCCGAGCCGGCCACCACCGAGAUUGAAGUGACCCUGAAGGAAACCGAGGAUGAAGACGCCUCCUCGUCAGCAACCACCACCCCGCCCCAGCACAUCAUUCCCGACGAGCUGGAACUGCAGCAACUGGCAAAGCUCAGCAGUUUAAAGGAGUCGGACGCGUAAGGAUCGGUUCGAUAAGAAUUAAAAUAAUGGAAACUCACACACCGUAGAAGAUCGAGAGCACUAAGUAUUCAAUGUUAGAAGCAGCAAUAAGAUUGACAUAAUGUACAUAUUAUGAGAAAAGCAGAGAGAUGAAAUUAUUAUUCGACGUUACGGAAACACUACUCUUCUUAUACCCCCUUAGGUCCAAUGCCAAACUUGCCACUCUCACACACGUUAACUUGGUUAUACAAGCAAGGAUAUUGUGACAAAGCAAAUGCGUUUUUUACUGUCUGUUUCACAAAAAUGCCUCCUCCUCUCUUCCGUAUACAACUCCUGAGUAGGCUAUCCUCCUCCUUGAGUAUAAAACUAAGUAUUUGAUUGAACGAGCAAAGUGCUAAGAGUAUUAUUCAAUCACUUGCUGUAAGUGAAUUAAUAGCUGAAUGCUGCCACAGCUCAUAAAAAAUUAAACGCGCAUUGAAAAGAAAAAAAAAUAACUCAAUAGAUUCAUGGUGACCAGCAGGACGGUUUAAAGAGUUCUGCAAUAAUUGCAGCUUUGCUCACGCAAACAGUGCAUUUGAAGGGUCGGGAGAGCGGCCUACGGUUGAAAUUAAUUUGAAAGGACCACCAAUUAGCAAAAAAUGAUGUUCUCAAAGGAGCAUUUUGGGAUUUUAUUUGAUCCCAGCGGGGCGAAUUUUCUUUGAAUCAUGAGAAGGUUAAUUUAAGGUAGAGGAAGUUUUUCUAUUUCUCAAUGUAUAGUUUGGAAUCCAAUCCGUUAGUGAGACUCUUGAUCAUUUCAUUAAAUUCUGUGAAAUUCAGAAAGCGUGUUUAAAACAGUCGAAAAGAACUAAAAAAACAGAUAAAAAUAUUGACAGGUUUAAUUGUAAGAGGUAGAAAAUUAUCGCGGAGCCAUAUCCAAAAACAAAAAUCUACUCCCAGUUAAAGAAAUUUAUAGAAGUUGGGCGAAUGAGAAGAAACUUGACUUUUUGGUGCUAAAUAAGAUGCGCCGGUAUUUAAAAACUUGGAAGAUCACCCUUUUAUGAAUUCAUUUUGAAACAUGGUCACCACCCGUUGACUCGAUAUUUAGGGAAACGCGAAAGUGCGCGAACUUAUGUUGUCUGUCAAACACGCAGUGUUCCUUUGCGUAUUUUCCUCAAACAUUCACCAAAGAGCGAUUGUAUUUCGUGGUUGGACUUUUAGGUUCGGCGAUAAACCAAGACGGCAGGCGAAAUGCUUCACACUAAACCUUAAUCUCUAUGCCUUGUAGGUGUACGUACUGAAAUAUUAUGGGAAUAAUUGUUGCAUCAAAUCACAAAAUAUUCAUGGAUUACUCUUGACAAACCAAAACUUUUGGCAUUUAAGUUCCUAGCACGUUUUUGUUGGACUUGAAUAGUGUUGGGCAAAAUAUACAAAAAUAUCACUAAAUUUCAUUAUUCGCGAAUAUAUUGCAAAUUGAUACAUACUAUCUGUAUAUUUCAGGAAAAAUUAAAAUGUAUAGAAAUGAAUAAUGAAUAUACAGAUGACAUAACUAAAAUAAUUGUUGAGCCAUCAAAUAUGAAAGUAUAUUGUUUGUUGUACUGUAAAUACUCCCCGCCCGCCAAGUGGUGUAAAAAUUGUGCUAGGUAUGUGUGCGUCUAAAAAUCAUAUGCUCUUGUAGCUAAACCCCACCUUUUACUGCACAAUUUUCAACGAUAUACUCGAUUAAAAUACUGACAAUGAGAAAAAAUACGAUCGUUUGAUCAAAUUGUUAUCCUAAACCCUUCGAGACGUAAUUUCUGUUUGCGUCAUUCCUCUCCUAGUGAGUGUGAAAUUUAUGAGAUUUCAAAAACUAUAUUUAACUACAAAUUAUUGUGUUGGCGUGUAAAUUUUUUCCCAACCAAACAUUAUAAUCAGUUAAAUUCUUAUUAUAGUUUGUGAUAUUUGGAUUUUCAUUUGACGCCAUUUGACGCAGCUAGUAGGAAAAAGUAAUGUGCUUGAAAGCGCCGUAGUUCCAAGAAACUGUAACACUCAUUAUUAGUUGGUAUAAAAAACGAUAGUUACAUUCAACAUGCAUAAUUGUGAGAGAAUCAAUGGCAGAUCUUUUGGCAAUAAAAUUUACAUUAACUCUCAUCAACUGUUUUUAUUUUGUAAAAAUAUGGCAAAUAGUAAAUUCUAAAUAAAUAUAUCUGAAGAACAUAUU